UGCAUUUAAGGUUGGCAACGCCGUGCAAAAUACGACCAGACGCUGCUUUUUUACGUGCGGCAUCCGAAAAUAAUUAAAAAUUGGCAAGAAAUACACAGGCGGCGCACCUUAUUGCAGUUCCAACUCGUCGCAGGGGCAGUCUCGCAGAAAAGUUACAUAUUUUGGUAGCAGGAACGACACACAGGAGCCGCCACCAUGGCUGAGUACUUGGCAUCCAUUUUUGGCACGGAAAAGGACAAGGUCAACUGCUCGUUCUACUUUAAAAUCGGCGCCUGCCGCCACGGAGACCGGUGCUCGCGUAUCCACAACAAACCGACCUUCUCGCAGACGGUGCUACUCCAGAAUCUGUACGUGAACCCGCAAAACUCGGCCAAAUCCGCAGAUGGCUCACAUCUGGUGGCCAAUGUCUCCGACGAGGAGAUGCAGGAGCACUACGACAACUUCUUUGAAGACGUAUUCGUCGAGUGCGAGGACAAGUACGGCGAAAUCGAGGAGAUGAACGUGUGCGACAACCUAGGUGACCACCUGGUCGGCAACGUCUACAUCAAAUUCCGCAACGAAGCAGACGCGGAGAAGGCGGCGAACGAUUUGAAUAACCGGUGGUUCGGUGGAAGGCCAGUCUACUCCGAACUGUCGCCGGUCACCGAUUUUCGCGAGGCCUGCUGCCGGCAGUACGAGAUGGGCGAGUGCACCCGCUCAGGAUUUUGCAAUUUCAUGCACUUGAAGCCCAUCUCGCGGGAGCUGAGGCGGUACCUCUACUCCCGCCGCCGUCGAGCCCGCUCCCGUUCCCGCUCUCCCGGCCGCCGUCGCGGCUCCCGCAGCCGGUCACGGUCUCCGGGACGCAGAGGCGGCGGGCGGGGUGACGGAGUCGGCGGUGGCAACUACUUGAAUAACGAGCGGGACAACAUGCGCGGCAAUGACCGCGGCAACGAUCGCGAUCGCCGCAAAGGAGGUGGCGGAGGAGGAGGCGGCGGCGGUGGGCGGUAUUAAAUCUUCUGGACAUUUUUCAAUACGAUGGCAAUUGAAAGAGACGACAGCGACGGACAAGCAAAACGCCAAGUAUCGUGUAUUUUAUUCUCUGCGUUAGUUUUCCACUUUUUUUAUAUCACUUCGGAGGAAAGAGGAGCUGAGGAGGAGCAAAGAAUGAUGGGGUGUUCCACCACCACCUAUGUACAAACCCCCCGCGAAAUACUUUACCGAGCGCCCAUUAGAAUUGUAAUUUACUAUACACACAUUCGUAAUAAUAAAAUUGAGUAAUACUAUAUGUAUACAACAAGUAA